GUUUAUACUAGUUUAAAGUGCGUUCUAACAUUGAAAAUUACACUUUAGUAUAAAUAUGAGUUGGAAAUAUGUAAUAUAAAAGUUGCGUUAAUCCAAUCAUACAGGACAAAGUCAUCCUUAUUUUAAUUCAUGUUACAUAUGAACUGGUUAAUUUUUUGCGUCGAUGUAAAAUUAUGCUAAUCUGAACACGGAUUUAAACAAAAAGGAUUGCUAGCCUCCACGGUUAUAGGCAAACAUCCAUAUCAAGAAAUGUCAAGGUAGAAAGAUGCAGACUGACUAUUGACUUACGUAUUGGUAUGACAUGACUGAAAAUAGUCAUAUAUUUAUUAACAAUUUGAUAGAAUAUAUACAUUUCAUUAAUACUCAUUACUGUUAUCUUAUAUGAGGUACAUAUAAGUAGUGGACAAUUAUAAAUGGUAAAUAAAGAAGUUUGAAAAAUUUCAACAAAUCGGAUCAAGAGUGAACUGUACUAAUUAUGUGAAUUAAAGUUUCCCUAAUGAUGGCUAUGUCGAAUUUAUAUUCAAAAAUUGGAUCAAAACCAUUAAAGCGUAUUCAAGAAAAUACAAAUGUUGCUCAAACAAGUUCAUGGAUGAACACUGAAAGUCCAUCCAAUGGCUCUCUCAACUUGUCUCCACCACACACUAUAUACCAAAAAGAAAGUUUACCAAUUCUUCAACCUAUUAGUGCUCCAGAAUCUCCUUCUUCCAGUUCAUGUGGAUCGCCUACAGUUUCUAUAAGUGCCCUAGACCAAAAUUGGCAGGCUUCAAAAAGUAACAUUAGAGAAAGAAAUGCAACAAUGUUCAAUAAUGACUUGAUGGCUGAUGUCAGAUUUCUGGUUGGUACUCCUGGCAUCUCAACACAAGUUAUACCAGCUCACAAAUAUGUUCUCUCUACUGGCAGCUCUGUUUUCUAUGCAAUGUUUUAUGGGGGCCUUGCAGAGAGUAAAGAAGAGAUAGAAGUGCCUGAUGUUGAUCCCACUGCAUUCCUUACGCUACUUAAAUACUUGUAUUGUGAUGAAAUUCAUUUGGAACCAGAUACAGUUCUAGCUACUCUGUAUGUAGCUAAAAAGUACAUAGUGCCUCAUCUUGCCAGAGCUUGCGUUAACUACCUCGAAACAAGUCUUACAGCAAAAAAUGCUUGUCUUUUGUUGAGCCAGUCGAGACUUUUUGAAGAACCUGAUUUGAUGCAACGAUGUUGGGAAGUUAUUGAUGCUCAGGCCGAAAUGGCAGUAAAGUCGGAAGGUUUUAUAGACAUUGAUAUGGCGACAUUACAAUCUGUACUAGCUAGGGAGACACUUAAUUGUAACGAGAUGAACCUUUUGGAAGCCGCGCUCGCUUGGGCGGCUGCGGAAUGCAGCCGGAAAGAUUUAGAAGUAACACCGCAGAAUAAAAGGGAAGUUUUGGGAAAUGCACUCUAUCUUAUUCGAAUACCGACUAUGACAUUGGAAGAAUUUGCUAAUGGUGCAGCACAGAUGGGCAUUCUAACACAACAAGAAAUCAUAGAUAUAUUUUUCCAUUUUACUGCAACCAAUAAACCUUGCUUACAGUAUUCUAUCAAACCAAGAUCUGGAUUAAAAUCACAAGUAUGUCAUAGGUUUCAGUCUUGUGCAUACAGAUCAAACCAAUGGCGUUACAGAGGGCGUUGUGACAGCAUUCAAUUUUCGGUAGAUCGAAGAAUUUUUGUUGUGGGAUUCGGUCUUUAUGGGUCUUCUAGUGGAGGCGCUGACUAUGCGGUGAAAAUCGAAUUAAAACGAUUAGGUAGAGUCCUUGCCGAAAACAACACGAAAUUUUUCUCUGAUGGUUCCAGCAAUACUUUCCAUGUUUAUUUCGACAAUCCCAUACAAAUAGAACCCGAAACGAUUUAUACAGCAUCAGUCAUCCUAGAUGGAUCAGAAUUGAGUUAUUUUGGACAAGAAGGGAUGAGUGAGGCGACAGUUGGUCAAGUAACUUUCCAAUUUCAAUGCAGCUCGGAAAGUACAAACGGUACAGGAGUACAAGGUGGACAAAUACCAGAGCUUAUUUUUUAUGGUCCUACCAAUGAAAGUCAUUAGACUUAGUAAUUUUUGUUGACCAAUUAUAAUCGGCCAUAGAGUACCUAGAUAAUAGAGAGGUUAUGAUUUAAAUGAGUACAAACACAAAUAAUUGGAAAAUUUUAUAUCAUUAAAGCUAAAUUUGAACUACCAUUGCUGUUUGAACGUCUCAAAUAUAUUUUCAUAGAUAAGACUAUAGAUGAAACUUAACACUCCAUUUUUUCGAAAAUCGGUUUCUAAAUGUUUUUGGUCGUCAAAUUUUGCUUGUAAGUCAAAUCAAAGAUAGUUUUUCUUAUUUUCGUUUGUUUCAUUACUCCUCGCAUUUUCGAAUUAUUUUCUUCACUAGAUAAGUAACAUUUAGAAUUUGAAGAGAAAUUGUUUUUUUUUUGUAACCUUGCUCCAACACAUUUCAUUGAAUUUUCUAUGAACACAACACUCUUUAAUACUGAUCAAAUUUCUAGGGACUCCAAAAGUUCCUGCCUUGUUACUUUGAUAAAUUCAUUUGCUCUGCUUAUAUCAAAAUUCCUUUCUAAUUCAAUUGCAAAAAUAUUAUAACAUAAACCGAUUAUAGUCUAAUAAACUAAAAAUGAAAUUAGUCAGCUAUAUCCAAAUUCAAACGUCAGUGGCGGAGAUAUUUGAUCUAUAAUAUUCUAAUAUAAUUUUGAUUUAAAUAUUGGUUGGUUUUUUUCGCACUUCACUUUGAUAUUUGACAAAUACAUCUUUUCAAAAGUAAUUAUUUAAAGUACGAUUUAGUCCGCUUCAUUUGAUAAAGAACUGUCAGUAUUGUAGCUACUAUUAUUGAUACCACCUUAAAAUAAGACUGAUUCAGUAAGUGUUACAACUAUAAAAUCUAAUUUUCACAUGCGGUUUUUAUCUUUUUGAAUGUAAUUUAUAGCGUUGUUAAUGAACACUCUGUUUACUGCUACCACUACACCAAUACUGUCCAUUAUACUGUCUCACGCGCAUUUCUAUAAUCAAGUUUAGUGUUUAAUAUUGAUAUAAUCAAAGGUUCCAUAAAUUACGAUUUAGUUAUAGUGUUCUUUCGUGCUGAAAGAGUAUCUUCAUCUAUUUCAGUACAUAGCCAAAGCUAUGCAAUUUUGGAAGUUACAUUGUUCUACAUAACAUGUUUGUACCCAAAUAAAUUCUAUAGGGCUAAAUUCGCAGUUAUAAAACCUUAAUACCGCCAUUCCAUCGACAACUUAUUCAAUCUAACUGGUUCGGUUUAGUUUCAUUAAAUCUGCUUUAUUUGCAAUAUCCUCGUAUCCAAUCCCCUUUUACCACAGCAGUUGGUACAUCUUAAUUUUUUGACUGUUUGUAGUGGGAAUAUGUUUGAUUCGGCGACUAUUAUGGGAUUCAUUACUAUAAUAGAUUGAUCUUGACACUAAUUGGAUUCGUAACAACAGUCUGCAUUUAAAAUCUCGUGAUAGUCACCAGUUUUUCAGGUACAAAGAUCAUCGAUUUUACCAGAAAUUAACUGUCAUUAAGUUACUAUAGGCUGCUGUUUGAAAGAAAAUUAUUCCUUAUUCAUUUUAUCCACUUGAUUAUCGCAUCAAAUUUGUUAAUUUAUCCACAUUGUAAAUUUGUCUAUGGUACUUGAUCCUCGCCCAAACAUCCUAUUUGUCUUAAAAUUUUCUAAGGUAGCUGACUAAUUCAAUUUUCAGUUUGUCAAAUUAAACUAAUAAUUAAGAAAACAAAUGUAUUGGAUCAUGGAACUACAUUAUUGACAUUGAAUUCAUGGAAUUUAGAAAUUAAAACAAAUCAAAUCUUGCCGCAUGUAAGAAAGGGAAAAUGCAUUUUUAGAUCAAAUUAUAGACUAAUUCCUCAAAUUUUCUGCAUAUGUAGUAAUAAUUAGUUUUUCCUACGUUGUGAAAAUAUACCAUUAAAUUUCUUUAAUUUGUUACCUUUGAGAUCUUUUUUUAAGUUUUUGUUGAAUUUAGCUCUUCUUUUAAUUAAAAUGGUUGAAAAUCUUAAAUUUAUGAAAUAGAAUUAUGAAUUUCACUCAAAUUGUUUAGAUUAUUGACAACUUUCUCGUUUUUCAGUUCUUAUUUUUUUUUGUAUUUGACUUUUUAAAGAUGCUCAAAUUUUUCUAAUUAAACGAAAAUGAAAGGCAUCAUUAAUGACACAAUUAGAAUCUCUCAUGGUAUUUAAAUGUAUUUUUGGAAAUCCAGUAAUUAUCAUCUAUUAUUCAGUUGUUGACACUCGAGUAAUUGACAAGUACUACUAAUGAUUGACACACCAAUUAUUGACAAUAACUUUAUUUUUCCUCAUUACCUGAGUAUAAAUAAUAAUAUUUAAUGACUUAGUAAUAACAAAAGGAUGCAUAGCAUAUGAGUAAAAAUAAAAAAAAUCAAAUUGAGUACAAUAAUAAGCUUCAGGCUUCAAAUAUAUCUAUCUAUCUCCUUUUAAAAAGUAUAUUUCAUGAUAUUGCCAAUAUUUUGCAAUUCUGGUUGUUCCAGUUUCUGAGUGCAAUAUGACUUGGAAUGGGUAGGUUGCUAGUACUCCAGCGGCAUUUGCGGUCAUUUAAAUUGUAAGGUUUUCGUUAUCAUUGUUGAUUUUAGCAAUAUAGAUGUUUUUGACAGCAUGAUGAACCUUAGCCAAAGAUAGUAUCCGAUUUUAUACAAAAUAUUCUUCCUUCUUUCUUCUCUAUUCUUUCUUCACCAAAGAGGUGAGAACUGUAGUUGUUACCAUACGACAUUCUACUGGGAGGUUUCCACUUGACUUGUAAUAUAAGGUAAUUCUUGGUACUGAGUAUGACCUGGUGGCUGUACCGUUACAGGAAUGCCUCUUGGUACAGUUUCUAGAGCUUCAUUUAUUUUUGGUUUUUUUGGUGUCAUAUCUGCAAUAAAUGAGUGUCCAGUAACUGACAUCUGAUGUACCAAUAAUUGACACUCAUGUCAAUAACUGGAACCAUUGACGUUUAGAACAUUUAUUAAUAAAUGAGCUUUCUGAUUAUUCUUGCAAUGUUUUAGUAUGGUCGCAUUACAUUUGUUGAGACUUUCAGUUAUUGACACCUUUAUCAAUAAUUGGUACAUGAUAAUAAUAACUUUAUCCAAUCAUUGACAUUCACGCCAACUUCAGAUCAUUUGUUUUACUGAUAAAAACGCAACAAAAAUCAUUUGAUUCAUACUUGAACUGUUCCCCUCUACAAUAUGGAAUAAAUCAAAUGUAAAUAUAUUAUGGAAUCAACAUAGCUGGUACAGUGUUGCAAAUAUCAUAUUUAUUGGAGUUUUUGUAUUGAAAAUGGCUCUGAAACGUUGAGUUAGUUAGUGAAGAUUUACCUUUAAGUGUCAAUUGUUGAAACACUGUUAAUAACUGCUUCCUGUACAUUAUGUUUUUUACAUUUCUUGGUUUUUUAUUGUUUAAUCUCUCUCUUGGUGACUUUUUAAUCUCUUUUAUACAUAUCGGGAUGUCUAUACAUCUAUAAAAAAACUUAUGUAGAUUCAAAAAUCACUGAAAUUUAGUCAAAUAUACGAAAAAGCAUACAUAGAAACGAAAAAGAUGUCAAUGAUAGAGAAAACAAACAAUUUGAUUGAAAUUUAUAACUCUAUUUUAUAAAUUUUAAUGCAGGGCUGAUAUUUAUUUUUGUGAUAUGACAAAUGAAGAAAAAAUAUAUUUACUGUGGUUAAAAUAAAUUGUUGUUUUGAUUGCUAUAAUUAUACAAUUUGUCAAUGUUAAAUUAUAUUUUGAUAAAGACAGAAAAGAAACUUCAGAUCCCUGGCAUAUAAAGGACAUACAAAAGUUGUUUGUUUGGAUUUAAUUUGUGUUUGUUUUCUCUUAUGUCCGACUCACUUUACAUAUACUGAUCAAGCAUUUAUUAGGUAGAAAUGUAGUUGUACAUAUAUAUACUUUAUUGGAAUCAAAAUCGAAUUCAAUUUUAGUAAUAUUUAUUUUUGAAUUGAAUAGAUGGAACAUCCAAUUUUCACAUUCAAUGUAAAUUGAACAUGUUUACCUGAUUACUGUAAAAUGAAAUUUAGAUUGGAAAUAAAUUUAUUUAUUCUCGUACUUUCAAUAAAAUUUGUAGUUAGUUCAAAGAUUGUAAGUACUUAUAUUUCUAAUUGAAAAUGGUUAAAGUAAAGAAUAAUGCUUUCAA